AUGGCGCGAUGGAAUCCGGAGCGGAACUGGAGUUAUAAGCCCUUCAAGCGGGCAUGGCGGAAGCGAGCCCCCAUGUUCUGGAUAAUGCCCCUCGAGCUGGCCGGCACCGUCGCACUGCUGGUCCUCUUCGGCAUCGCACAGCCGGACCUGUUCCGCACGCAGCUCUGGCGCAUCGGUUACGUCUGGGGCUUCAACUCGAACCCGGCCAUCAUCCUCUACGCCAAGGCGAACCAUGAGCCCGCUCCAAAACUGCCCCUCGUGUGGGCGGAAACUCUCACAAACUUCAAUGUUGCUAUCUCCGUACUGUCACUCUUCGUCCUCGUCGCCAAGCUGAUCGGCUUCAUCAUGCGCGUCUGGACACCCAUCGUCGGCGUCUUCUUCAGCCUCGCCAUGUCCAUCUUGUACACCGUCAGCGUCUACGGCCAGAUGGGGCCCGACUACUACGACCCGUUGCGCCCAAGCCCAAUCGCGUGGUACAUCCGCUACGGGUGUUGGCCCGCAGAGGGCUUCCAGAACGACGCGGUGCGGAGCUGCAGGCUAGCCAAAGGCACCUUUGCGACCACCGUCAUUCAGCUAACCAUCUAUCUCUUCUGUCUCGGCCUGGCGAUCUAUAACAUGAUCCCCACCAAGGAGGAGAAGGAAGAGAUGCAACUGCAGAAGAUGAAGGGCUCCGACGACGAUUCCGAGAACAGUACCCCCGUCGACAAAGUCGUCUUCGAGAUGCAGCCGCCGCCCAAGACGCAAGACUACAAUAACUACCCGACCUAUCCGACCUACCAGAGCUACCAGCAAAGCCAAGGGCCCUUCACGCCGAGGACCCAGGCCUUCAACGCGCUGGACCGGCAACUUCCUCUGAGGGGCUACCAGCAGUGA